AUGAGUCAGUGCAUCUCUAUCCAUGUUGACCAGGUUGGUGUCCAGAUUGGCAAUGCCUGCUGGGAGUUCCACUGCCUGGAACAUGACAUCCAGCCUGAUGACCAGAUGCCAAGUGACGAGACCAUUGGGGGAGGAGAUGACUCCUUCAGCACCUUCUUCAGAAAGACAGGCACUGGCAAGCAUGUGCCCCAGGAAGUGUUUGUAGACCUGGAACCCACAGUUAUUGAUGAAGUUCACACUGGGACCUACCGCCAGCUCUUCCACCCUGAACUGCUCCUCACAGGCAAAGAAGAUGCUGCCAGUAACUUUGUCUGUGGCUACUACACCAUUCGAAAAAAGAUCAUUGACCUUGUCUUGGACCUAAAUCACAAGCUGAUCAGUGAGUGCAUAGGUCUUGAGGGCUUCUUGGUUUCCCACAGCUUUGGCGGGGGAAUUGGCUCUAGGUUCACCUCCCUGCUGAGGGAGUGA